AUGUCCCUUCGUGCAAUCGUCCGUCUCAAGAAGUCACAGAGGACAUCUGUCGAAUUGCACUUCAGAUUCCCACUUCGUUCCGGUCUAGCAUCAGCUUCGAGCUUUGGCUCCCACGCAAAUGGGACGGCCGACGGCAUUAAGUAUGAAGAUCUGGCUUACGGCACAGAUCAUGGCUUUGCGACCAUGGGAACAAAUAAUGGCCACAACGGCACAACCGGGAUCACGAUGCUCAACAAUCCGGAUAUUGUGAAAGACUACUCUUACAGAUCGCUUCACACCGGCACCAAAGUAGCCACCAAACUUAUCAAACAUUUCUACAAGAAAGCGCCUCUACGCAGUUACUAUCUUGGGUGCUCUCUCGGAGGCCGCAUGGGUAUCAAAGCAGCCGAGGCUUUCCCAAACGACUACGACGGUAUUGUUGCAGGAUGUCCUGCCGUCGACUUCAACCAUCUUCAGGGCGAGAGAGCAAUGUUUUACCCUAUCACGGGAAACUCGAGCUCGAAAAACUAUAUCAAUAUUGAAACGUGGACUGGCCUGAUUCACAACGAGGUGCUCAAUCAAUGCGAUGGUAUCGAUGGCGUUAUAGAUGGCAUUAUCGAGGUUCCGGACAAGUGUUACUUCAACCCAAGCACCCUGCUUUGCAACAGUACACAGACGGAGAACUGCCUCAAUGUCAACCAAGUUCAGCAAUUGGAAAAGAUAUAUGCGCCUUACACUUAUCCGAAUGGCAGCCUCAUAUUUCCGCGGAUGAAUCCUGGUAACGAACUACAGGCCGUUGCCAAACUCCUCGCUGGCACACCCUUCAGCUACUCAAAGGACUGGUUUCGCUACGUUGUCUAUAGUGACCCGAACUGGGAUCCUAGCACCUACAAUGCAGAUGACGUCCAGAUUGCAGAUGAUCUCAAUCCGUCCAAUAUUCGCACCUACCCGCAAACUCUUCCCGAAUUCAGGGGCCGUGGAGGAAAGAUGAUCAGUUUCCAUGGAGGCCAAGACAAUCAGAUUACACAAUUCAACACUAGACGUUUUUGGGACCGCAUGGCCGAGGUUGACGAUGCGUUGCAAGACUACUACCGAUUCUUCCGCAUAUCCGGGAUGUUCCACUGCAAUACUGGACCUGGUGCUUGGGCUGUGGGCCAAGGUGGGGGCUCCUCUGCCAAAGGUGUUCCUUAUGAGCCCGAGUACAACGUGCUGGCUGCCAUUGUAGCUUGGGUUGAGAACGGGACCGCACCGCAGAGUCUGACCGGGACUAAGUUUGUCAACGACAGCUUCGCCGAAGGGAUCGACUUCCAGCGUACGCACUGCCUGUAUCCCAAGUCGCAAACUUACCUCGGCGGAGACUCUAAGCUGCCUUCGAAUUGGCAAUGCCAAUAG